AUGGAUAAAGAGGGAGAUCAGCAGCCUCUGCUGCCGGGUGCUGCUUCAGGACAGGCCGACGCAGCAGCAGCAGCAACAGCAGCAGCAGCAACAGCAGCAGAAGUAGCAGAAGCAGCAACACCAGGAGUAGCAGCAGGACCAGAUGAGGAGAGUUUAGGUGGGGUGAAGGAUGCAGAAGAUAAGACGGAGGAGUUUAGAGGAGGCAAAGCCAAAGAUAAAAUGCAGCAAAAAGCAGCAGCAGCAGCAGCAGCAGGAGUAGCCCCGUUGCGCUAUGCAGCUCCUUUAGGAGGUGUUAAGGGUUCUCUGUUGCGUUCAUUGCCGGUGUUGUUUGUUUUGUCUCUUCUGUCUGUGGUUGUUGGAGUGUAUCUAUCUCUUCAUAUAGCUCCUCUGCUGCAGAAACAUGCAACAGAUAGAGCAGCUUUCUACAGAGGUGUGUGGGAGUUAGCUGUCUUCGGCUGUCUGCUGCUUUUAUUUUUGUUGUGCUUCGCUCUGAGCGUCUUCGUUCCUCCCGGCACACCAACAGAGUCAGGCCAAGAAGCUUUAGAGACGCAUAUUGCAGCGGUGGAGUUUAACGUGUUGUUUUUGCUGCUCUUGGGUUCGAUUCUGGACAUCUUUUUGUUUGCUGUUGUUUUCCUCUUCGGGGCUUUUCACACUUAUCUCCUUGCAAAAGGAAUGACGACCAUCGAAUUCUGCGAAAAAAGAUUCAGACGCUCUCAACACCAACCACCAGCUAAUAUGUGGAAUUUGGGGUUCUGGAGGAAUUUCAAUGAGGCAUUUGGCUAUAAUCCGCUAUUGUGGUUUUUGCCUAUCGAUAAUCGUAGAGGAGACGGGCAGCACUUUCCUUUAGGUGUGUCUGCCUCUGGUGAUGAGUAA